GACAGCCACAACUUUUCACAACUACUAAGUUGCAUACCACUUUUAUCUCUCGCUCUAUUCUUCGUAUUUUCAAAACUUAUUCUAUUCGGAAUCAAUUAGUUUGGAAAGAAAAGAAAUAGUUAUUAAAGAUGUUGAUGUUGACGAAUUUAUUGAACUCUUGUACGUUAUUUAUUUUUUAGCGAACAAUUUUGAGUGCAUUUUGCGACUGGCAGACAGAUUCAAAGUUGAACACAUCGUAAAUCAAUGUGAAGAAUUUUUAAUCACUUACGAUGGUGUUCCAGCAACCAAAAAACUUCUUUAUGCCGAGAAAUAUAAACUCAGCAAAUUGCAAGUACUUAUUUUUAGUUGUUUUAAAUAUACUUUCGUACCGGUUUGUAUAAAGCGGGCCAACUUCAGAUCACGAUGUUUUUUGAGCAAUUUUUUAGUAUCUAGUGAAAUAAGGAGAGAGUGA